AUGACUUUCGAGCACGGGGCAGAUGUUGCUGGUCCCUCUGGUGGUGAUGACAAGUCGGUCUACAAGACCAACUCGGAGGAGGUCUUUGUCUCUGGAUCGGGAGACCAUGAUGCUGUCUAUGGUGUUGGUGGUGUUGGUCACACGCAUCGUAGACUAAAAGCACGACACGUUACUUUCAUCGGAUUCGGUGGUGGUAUUGGAACGGGUCUUUUCGUUGGUACUGGAAGUGCUUUGGCCUCUGCAGGACCUCUCGGUCUCUUGUUGGCCUAUUCUGUUGUCGUUUCUGCUGCAGCAGUUGUGGUAUCAUACUGGACAGACAUCACACCUGCAGUAGUUAUCACAGUCGGCCUUGCUGCAAUUCUGGCCAUCAACUUGAUGAAUGUUCGUUUCUUUGGUGAAGCUGAAGUCAUCACCGCUUCUAUCAAAAUUUUGUGCUUUUUGGGCUUGGUCAUUGUGUCGAUUGUCAUCACCUCUGGAGGCGCACCCGACCACGAAUCUAUUGGCUUUAGGUAUUGGCGUAACCCGGGACCUUUCACUGAUUACAAUGGCAUCAAGGGAAACACUGGCCAUUUCCUGGCUUUCUUUAGUGCUUUUAUCAACGCCAGUUUCUCCUACAUUGGUGUUGAGACUGUUAUUGUCGCAGCCGCCGAGACCAUGAACCCCCACAAGGCCAUUCCCAAGGCAGUCCACCGUGUCACCUACCGUAUUCUCUUCUUCUACGUCUUGGGAACGCUCCUCAUUGGAAUGAUUGUUCCUUCGAAUGACCCCAACCUCGUUUCUGGCACUGGUAACGCAAACUCUUCUCCUUGGGUCAUUGCCAUCAAGAACUCUGGAAUCACCGUUCUGCCAUCUAUCGUCAACGCAUGUAUCUUGGUUUCCGCAUGGUCAGCCGGAAACAGUUACUGCUACAUCGGUUCGCGCAUGCUCGUCGCUCUGGCCGCAGACCGCCAGAUGCCGCAAUUCUUCGCCAAGGUCAACCGUCAAGGUGUACCUUACUGGGCUGUUCUUGCCUCCUUCGCCUUUGGCCCUCUCGCCUACCUCUCUCUGGGCUCGGGCGGUGCAUCCCAAGCCUUCACCUGGCUGCUCAACCUCAGCACUGUCGCUGGCCUCCUCGCCUGGAUGACUCUCUGUAUCUGCUACAUCCGCUACCACCACGCCUGCAAAGCUCAAAACAUUGACCGCAACGCCCUACCCAUGAAAGGACGCCUGCAACCCCUCGCCGCUUACGUCGGCGCCAUCGGCAGCGGCAUCAUCACCAUCUUCUCGGGCUUUAGCGUUUUCCUCAAGGGAAACUGGAAUACUGGCUCGUUCUUUGCUUCCUACAUUGGCAUUGCGAUUUACAUUAUCCCUUAUGUGGUGUGGAAGAUUGUGAAGCGCACACGUAUUGCACGCGCCAGCGAGAUUGAUCUGUGGUCCGGACGCUUCGAUUCCAGAGGCGCGGUCAAAGAAAAAGAGCCCGUGACCAAGUGGGAGAAAUUCCUGGAUUGGUUGUUAUAA